GAGAAGGGGUCGCAGGGGUCGCCGAGCAUCAGCGAGGAUCAUUAUGUGGCCGGAGACGAUGCCGCCAAGUGCGGCAGUUCCGCUGCUGACCAUCGUCACCUUGGCCCUUGGUGCUGUUGCAGUCAGCGCGCGCGAAUGGCCGGACCUUCAGCAGCUGGCCUUCCGCACUCCGGAAAUAAAGAGCAGGGGUUACCACGGAAGUCACAUCCAUUCCCUCAGCGACUUCAAGUUUAAAAUCAUUGCGCAUCGCGAUGGCAAAGACAAAGCGUGCUACUUGCAGAGCAUUGCUCCCGGAAAUCUGAGACAAAAUCUUGAGCUAUACAAAAAUAUUCUUUAUGAGAAAACCAAUAUUAAAAGGGCGCAAAAUGCGUUUGUCACUGCUCCCGGAUCGCUUUCAAAAUCCCAGGUUCUUCAUCUGGCCGGUAACAAAAUUGCACGGUUCUGCAGGGGAUUCACGACCAUGAUUCUUCUUCCUGGUCCACCCAAUGUAAUUGUAAAUGAUUUUCCUGAAUCGGAAGAAAACAAAGAGAAAGAGCCAAAGUUGCCUAAAUAUCUCAAGGAGCAAAUAUUGAUGAAACGACGGGAAAAAAGGAGCGCAAAAGGCAAAAAGAAGUAUCAGGGUCAGACGCAAGUGCAAACUAUAUCCACGGGCGGUGACCAGCCCAACUUAGCGGAGGGCGUUUCGCAGAAAAAUACGUCUAUUGCGAAAGUUUCUACACACAGAGGCAUGAGCCAAGCCCAAAGUCAAAGUGCUUAUGAAGAGGAUUGCGACACGUGCGGCGACAGGCACACACCACAGCGACAACCUUACCCUGAUGCAUUUGCACCAGGUUCGUAUUCUCCUGGAGGCAUACCACCUUCCAACGUUGCACAUCAACCUGGAUUCCAACAACGUGGGCAAACAUUUGGCCCUGGUGGCCAGAUCUACGGGCCUGAUGGACGCCCGACGCAGCCAGCAGGCAGUCAGGGCUUGCGGCCUGGCGAAUACCUUGGCCCUGAUGGACAAAUUUAUGGUCCCGAUGGGCGGCCGCUUGGUUCUAGAGGAAAUGGGCAACGACCCGGAGGACAAGGUUAUGGUCAAAAUGGGCAGCAGGUUAGACCUGGAGGGCCAAUACUGCGACCAGGAGAAUAUUUUGGGCCGGGAGGUCAAAUUUAUGGUCCUGAUGGAAGACCAAUAACUCCAGGGCAAGGACUGAGACCGGGGGAAAGAGGCGGACAAAUAUUUGGCCCCGACGGGAGACCAAUUUAUCCAGGGCAAGGUCAAAGACCUGACGCUUUAGGCCCUGGAGGACAAAUUUAUGGACCAGAUGGAAGGCCUCGCACCUCAGAAGGUCAAGGAUCACGACCUGGUGGUUCAGAUGGACAACAACUUGGUCCUGCCGGUCAAGUAUAUGGCCCAGGCGGCCGACCAGUUGUGCCUGGUGGACAAUAUUUGCGCCCUGGGGAAACGCUUGGCCCUGGUGGUCAAAUUUAUGGUCCGGAUGGUAGGCCUGAUGUUUCAACAGGGCAAAGACCUGGCGAGGGAAUAGCUCCUGGUGGACAAAGUUAUGGGCCCGACGGGCGACCUCAGGUUCCGGGCGGGCAAGCUCUACGACCUGGUGAAACAUAUGGAACUGGCGGACAGCUAUUCAGUCCUGACGGACGACCUCUUACUUCAGGAGGGCAAGGUACAGGUGGACAACAAUUUGGGCCUGGAGGGCAAAUAUUCCAGCCAGGACAAAUCUUGCGACCAGGAGAAACACUUGGCCCUGGAGGUCAAGUUUACGGACCUGAUGGACGACCAACUAUUAAUGGUGGAAAAAGACCUGGAGAGAGCUUUAUCCCUGGAGGGCCAGGUGGAAAACCUUUUGGAGAGACAUUAGGUCCUGGUGGACAGAUAUUAUUUAGACCAAGCGGACAACCAGCCUUUCCAGGGGGGCAGCAACCUGGUGGAGCAUUUGGUCCUGACGGAAGACCGACCUCCUUGGGCAAUUUGGGUGCGGCAGGUGGUGAGAAAAUAUAUGGGCCAGAUAGCCGGCAAAUAACUCCACAAAUUCCUGGGGGGCAACGCCCUGGAGAAAAUAUUGGUACUGAUGGCCGGCCGCUUAGUCCUGGAGAACUGCAACAACAACCUGGCUUAUCACAUAGCCCCAGUGGACAAAUUUAUGGUCCUGAUGGCCGACCUAUUACUCAAGGAGGGCAAAAAUUCCACCCAAAUGGGCAGCCUUUCGAUCCACAAGGACAGAGAUUUCAACCUGGAGGACAAAACUGGCGUCCUGGAGAAACUGGCGGCCAAAUAUACGGUCCAGAUGGACGCCCCAUUAUUAGUGGUGCUUCUGGUGGGCAAAUUUUGGGACCUGAUGGGCGACCAUUAAGCAUUGGGAAUCAAGGGCUUCAACCGGUUGGCUCCCUGGGACCUGAUGGAAGGCCAUAUUCAAAUGGCCAAAAUUUGCAGCCUGGUUAUACUGUAACCAACGACCCAAGAAAUCCCCUGUGUUUCAUAUAUUGCAAAACAACAGGCCCUGAUGGAAGAAUAGCUCCAGGACAAGGACAAAGACCGGGCGACGGGUUAGGAUCUUAUGGAACAAGUUAUGGUCCAGAUGGGAGACCUAUUUACUCGGGGCAAAAACCUUUCGGAUCGAUUGGUUCCGCUGGGCCAGGUGGUAGACCUAGUGAAUCAGGAGAACUUCACCCUAGUAGAGGGAUUUAUGGACCAAGCGAACAACAAAUUGGAACAGGCCAAAAUGCCGGAUCUAGAGGACAAAAUUUGCGCCCCGGAGAAACUCUGAGACCUGGUGGACAAAUUUACGGUCCAGAUGGCCGGCCUGUAGGAUCCGGGGGACAAAAUUUGCGCCCUGGAGAAACUCUGGGACCUGGAGGCCAAAUUUACGGCCCAGAUGGCCGGCCUAUAGGAACUGGGGGACAAAAUUUGCGCCCUGGAGAAACUCUGGGACCUGGAGGCCAAAUUUACGGCCCAGAUGGCCGGCCUAUAAGAACUGGGGGACAAACAUUGCGGCCUGGAGAAACUCUGGGACCUGGAGGCCAAAUUUACGGCCCAGAUGGCCGGCCUGUAGGAACUGGGGGACAAACUUUGCGCCCUGGAGAAACUCUAGGACCUGGAGGCCAAAUCUACGGCCCAGAUGGCCGGCCUGUAGGAACUGGGGGACAAACUUUGCGCCCUGGAGAAACUCUGGGACCUGGAGGCCAAAUUUACGGCCCAGAUGGCCGGCCUGUAGGAACUGGGGGACAAACUUUGCGCCCUGGAGAAACUCUAGGACCUGGAGGCCAAAUCUACGGCCCAGAUGGCCGGCCUGUAGGAACUGGGGGACAAACUUUGCGCCCUGGAGAAACUCUGGGACCUGGAGGCCAAAUUUACGGCCCAGAUGGCCGCCCUGUAGGAACUGGGGGACAAAAUUUGCGUCCUGGAGAAACUCUGAGACCUGGUGGAGAAAGUUACGGACCAGAUGGACGCCCAAUUGCUCCAGGUGGACAGGUUUAUGGUGCUGAUGGUCGCCCCCUUACUACAGGGGUAUAUAAUGGAGGUCAACGAAAUGGGAACUUUGGAAACGAAGAUGGGCAGACUUUGUACCCUGGUAAUGGUAGGCAGCAGUUAACAAAUGGAGCAGGUGGAACUGGAAAUCAGUUUCCAUACCAGCCAGGCACCGGUGGACAACAGUUUGGAGCAAACGGUGGUCGGUAUGGAAACGGAGCACCACCUCAGGGCAUAGGGAGCCCCUAUGGGCCAAACUAUGGGCAAGGACAACAAAAUAUAUACAACCCUCAAUUAACUGGUCAGCAGUAUAACCCAAAUGGAAAUCAAUAUGGUCUUAAUGGGCAAGGCGUAAGCAAUUAUCCUGGAGGAGGGCAGCCUAACGGUCUAUAUAACCAAAAUGGAUAUAAUAAUUUAUCACCAGGCCUUCCAGGUGAGGUUGGGCAAAACGUGGGUCCAGAUGGCAGACCGCUGAUAUACGGUAGUUCUACAGGCGCCAACCUUGGAACUCCAGGGGCGCAAUCAGGUGGGACAGACGGCAGCCUUACACACGGCUCUCCUCUAGAUCUCAAUCGUUCCAUACCUGGAGUGGACGACGAUGGGCAUUCACAAGUAGAUGUCAGCGUAGUGCAAGAAAAUAAUGAAACAAUAGCAUCUUCAUUAUCGCAAGGAAGAUUUGGUGGCGGAAAAACGCAGACAAGUGUCUCUGGCAGUUACAAAGGCGGCGGUUCAUUUUCGGCUCAAGCACAAACAAUAGACGGUAAAAGAGGCGCCCAAAGCCAAGUUGUAGGAGGAGACGAUGGUGCGUCCAGCUCCGGACAAGCAUUCGGUGGAAAAGGCCAGUCUCAGUCUCAAAUCAGCCUCUCGACCGACACCGGUCUGACGUCUGCAAGUUCACAAACAACAGGAAACAAUUACGGCACUCAAAGUGAGGUUCAAGCCGGCGAAACUGGAGGAAAUUCUGUUGCUCAGGCGAGUGGAAUUGGGAAAACAUCAAGCCAGGCGCAAGUAAAAUUUAAACCGUACGACAGCGCAACCGAUGAUGACAGCCAGAAGAUUGUAUUCCGAGGAGGUGGAUCGGCAAGCGCUCAAACUGGUCCCCGCACAGGUGUUUCUCAAAGCAAAAUUCACGGUUCGUUCAAACACGGAAUUUCCUAUUCUGGUGUAGCGCAGGCGUCAUCAGGAUCUAAAGAUGAACUGGAAAGAGACGGUUUGAAGCCCUUGGACGUCAUUAAUCUAAAUGCCACAAGCGACGCUCCUAACAAAGUUCCAGCACGUAGACAAAAUUCGCCCCCACCAGCCACAUCGCCUUCGACCACUACUACAACAAACGCCCCUUUAGUAACUUCUGACGAUGACGACGAUGAUUAUGAUUCUGCUGAACAAGAGAGCCUGCCAGGUACAACUGAAGUUCCACGACGCACCGAAAGAGGCGACCAGCCUUCCACUCAUCUGGAAAAUAGUGAUGACCUGGAGACGUCUCCAAGCCAGAGCGGGGUACAACCCUAUCCGUAUGUAACUCGAAUCGACCUGCCACCAGGCGACCUUGAGCACGGUUAUUUGCGACAAAGGCAGGAAUCAGAUGGGCGGAGAGAUCACUCAGCUUUUUCAGUAAAUAAUUUCAAACAAGAACAAUACCAGAGCAGGUUCCAGCAACAACCUUACCAAAGACAAACAGUUACAGUCGGAAAGCCCGUAGGUUCUGUCGCAAAUCCGCAGGGCCAAAGUUCAGGUGGAAAUCAGCCGUCUCAGAGUCAAAGUGUAAUUUUGGGCGACUUGGGCAACACAGGCGUUCGCGUGAUGCAAGAUGCGGACGGAAUGGGUCUCUCGAAUGGAGAGGUUUUGCAACCGGGACAGUCCGUCCCUGGCAGAAAUGGAUAUUCCAUUCCAAGCGGUUUCCGCGGACGAGUUGUAGGCAGCUCUGCAGGGAAUAACGGAGCCCGAGCGAGCAGUGACAGAGGGGGGCAGGCGCAGACCCAGACAGUAAUUUUGACCCCUGAACCAGGAAAAUUCGAGUACAAGGGGCCUAACGGGCUUGAAAAUAAGGCGGCCGACAAUGCAGACUAUGAUGAAUACGAAGCGUCACAGGAAAGCGAGGAGGAAGAAAGGCAACCUCUGCAACCAAGGCAGAGAAAUUAUGGGGCUUUUCAAGCCCCUCCAACUAGUUUCGUAUCUGUAACACAAAAAGUUUCAAGCCAAGCGCCGUAUUCGUCUCCUAGAGAACUUGAGCACACUUACUACACUAAAGCUUCAAAAUGUGGCUACUACACUUUCUCCUGUCAAAUAGUGGAAGGAUCAAAUGGCAGAGCUAAAGUUUGUAAGCCAAAGUUUAACAUGGAUGACAAGAAUUGCAACUAAUUCAAAUUGUUUAAUUGAAAGGAAUUAUUAACUUCUAUAUUCUUAAUAAUCGUGCAAGUUCAUUUAACAGUAAUGAAUCAUUGUGUAGGAAAGUAUUCUCAAUUAUCACAAUAAAAUUAUUUCAUUACAUAUUUUAUUGGUU